AUGGUGGCCAACGACUCGAGCGCCUCGGGCCACGACGCGGCCGCGUCGCCUGCCGCUGCCUGGCGCCCGCCCACGGACGAGGAGUCCACCACGUACCGCCACCAGGCGUCGCUGCCCAAGCUUCCGAUCCCGUCGCUGGAGGAGACGUGCCGCCGCUUCCUGGCGUUCGUCAAGGCGCUACAGACGCCCGAGGAGCAGCAGCUCACGGAGCAGCACGUGAAGGAGUUCCUGGCCAGCGACGGCCCGCGGCUGCACGCGCAGCUGCUGGAGUACGAGAAGGACAAGGUGUCCUUCAUCGAGGACUUCUGGUACGAGGCCUACCUCAACCACCGCAGCUCCGUCGUGCUCAAUGUCAACCCCUUUUUCGUGCUGGAGGACGACCCCACGCCGUCGCGCAACAACCAGCUCUCGAGGGCCGCGUCGCUCGUGCUGGGCGCACUCAAGUUCGUCAACGCGCUGCGGAGAGGCACGCUCGAGCCCGACAUGUGGAGGGGCAACAUGGCGCUGUGCAUGCACCAGUACAAGCGGCUCUUCGGCUGCGCGCGCGUGCCCUCGGCGGGCGCCGACGACGUCAUGGUGGACGAGCUAUCCAAGCACAUCGUAGUGGUCUGCCGCAACCAGUUCUACUGGUUCGACGUCAUCUGGGAGGACGGCGUCACGGCCAUCACGGAGCGAGAGCUGCUGGCCAACCUCAAGGCCAUCCACGAGGACGCACUCAAGGCCGACGACGUCGAGGCCGCGUCCAACGCCGUCGGCGUGCUCACCACCGAGCGACGCGCCAAGUGGGCCAGCCUGCGCACCAAGCUGCAGUCGGCCAACAAGGACACACUGGCCGUCAUCGACCGCGCGCUGUUCCUUGUGUGUCUGGACACUACGUCUCCUCCGGACGCAGCGGCCUUUGCGGCUACGGCGCUACACGGCACUUACAGCAUCACCAAGGACGGCGUGCAGACGGGCACGUGCAUGAACCGUUGGUACGACAAGCUCCAGCUCAUCGUGUGCGAGAACGGCGUGGCCGGAUGCAACUUUGAGCACGCCUUCGUGGACGGCCACACGGUUCUGCGCUUCGUCUCGGACGUGUUCACGGACACCAUCAUCCGCUUCGCGCAGACAAUCCGCGCCGGCAACUACGCGUUCUUGGAGGCCUCUUACCGCGCGCCGCAGCUAAGUCCGGCCGACUCGCCCGAUCGUCCCCGCGUGCAGCCGCACAAGCUCGAGUGGACGCUGGACCGCGAGCUUCAAGAGGGCAUCAAGUUCGCUGAGGCGCAGCUCACGGACCUGAUGCUGCAGAAUGAGGUCAAGGUGCUGGAGUUCACGGCGUUCGGCAAGCUGUUCAUCACCCAGCACAACAUGAGCCCGGACGCCUUCGUGCAGAUGGCCUUCGUGGCCGCCUACUACUUCCAGUACGGCAGCGCGCCGUGCAUCUACGAGCCUGUGCUCACCAAGCGCUUCCAGCAUGGCCGCACCGAGGCAGCACGCGCGAUGACGUCGGACGCGCUGGAGUUCGUGGAGACGUUCUUCUCGGAGAAGACGCCGCUGGAGAAGAUCACGUCGCUGCGCAAGGCCAUCGCCACUCACGUGAGCAACGUACGCGACUGCGCUGCCGGCAAGGGCCCCGAGCGCCACUUGUACGCGCUCGAGUGCCUCUGGCAGCACGAGAAGGCGGCCGACAGCAGCAAGCCCACGCCCGCGCUGUUCGCGGAUGACGCCUGGCGCAAACUCAACCACUCGGUGCUGUCGACAAGUAACUGCGGCAACCCGAGUCUGCGGCUGUUCGGCUUCGGCCCCGUGGUGCCGGACGGAUUCGGUAUCGGCUACAUCAUCAAGGACGAGGGCAUCCAGUUCUGCGCGUCGUCGCGGCACCGCCAAACCGAGCGGUAUCUCAAGAACCUUGAGUCAUACUUGCUGCGCGUGCAGGACCUGCUCAUGCACGAGGAGGAGAUCCGCUUCCCGCACUCCACCGCGGCCAAGAAGAAGGCCGUGCAGGCUUCGUUCAAGGGCUACGGAUUCUUCGACGACGGGGGGCAGCCCACUGAAGUCAAGGCGCUGGCAUCGAUCGGAGCCGUCGGCAAGCCGCUCAUGUAA